AUGAUGAUCACCGAGGCGACAGACGCCAUCCUGUGUAGGGGGUUCUUCGCCACCCUGGACGGGCAGGCGCAUGAUUGGUUCGGAUCCCUCCCGGCGGGGUCCAUCUCCACCUUUGCGGACCUCACCCGACAGUUCCUGUCCCAUUUCGCCACUAGCAUACAGCGGAAGAAGCAAAUUGCCGACCUGUGUGAUUUGAAGCAGGGGAGCUCGGAAUCACUAGCCGAGUACCUCGGCAAGUGGAAGAAAGAGGUCAUGGGGGUCGCCGACUUCGAUGCGAAAUCGGCCAUGGUAAUUUUCCGGAACAACUUGAGGUCGGACGCUUUUCACCAGGACCUCAUCAGGUUCCACCGGCAGAAAGGACACGAUACAGACGAGUGCAUCCUCCUAAAAAGACAAAUCGAGCAGCUCAUCCAAAUGGGCUACCUCGGCCAAUUCAUUAAGAAGCCCGGCCAGGCGCAGGAACAGGCCCAGGGCCAGAAGCAGAGCAAUGUGUGGCGGAAAGGGGGUGGCCAGGCGCCAUCCACCUCGGCUCCUCCCCGCAAGAGGGACCACCACGACCACAGUUCCGAGGAGGAGGAGAAGACGACGGAGGACUCCCAGCCCCCGAGGAAACGGGCCAUCUACGUCAUCUUCGGGGGGCCCGAGGGAGGGGACUCGCCAGCCGAGCGGAAGAGGUGGGCGAGGAGCUUGUACGUGGGGGAGGUCACACGUACCCCCCAUGAGAAGAAACCAAAGAGGGAGCCCAUCACGUUCACCGAUGCCGACCUGCCAAAUAGGCCCCUCCCCCACCGAGACGCCGUGGUGGUCAAGCUGGACAUCAACAACGUGGUGGUGCACCGGGUGCUCGUAGACACGGGUAGCUCGGUGAACGUCAUGUACUACGACACGUUCACCCAGCCGGGUUCACGGGGGACUCAAUUGAGACAGAGGGGUCGAUCAGUCUGGAGGUAG